AUGACGGAUCGUGCCGACUUCAACUGCGAUCCCCGCGACGCGUUCAAGCCCAUUGAUCACAAGACACCUGGGGCAACGAGAUUAGAGCCUUUGGGAACUUGUGGUCGACGGACAGCUUAUCAAGGUCUACGCCGAUCGCGAAGCCGACCUGCCCUGAACGUGACCGAUGAAAACAAGAUGCCAUCACCUGUAGGGUCUUCAACGACGCCUACUCGUGACACUGAAAACCACACAGCCGAUAACACAUCCAACCCCAUUCGAGGACCAGUUACGGGUUUCUGGUCACUAGAAGAGCGCAGCAAUGGGCAACAAGAACCAGCCGCUCUUUAA